AAUAGGCUACGAUAACAUGGAAAAGAAUUUACUUACGUGCAGAAAAGACAUUGUUGGAUUUAUUUUUAUUUUCCUUGGGAUUAAUCAUUGUUAUUCAGAAGCAGAUACUUUGGAAAGGGGACGUUCUACAUCUACAUUUAAAAUAGAAAAGGUAUCUCAUAUCCCUCAAACCGAUGCAACGGUGAUUCUACAUCAUGAAAAGUCAUUGGUAUCAUGUGUCUAUCAUUGUCAAAGUCUUGAGCUGGCAUCGGCUUACUUUAAUGAGGAUAACUCCACAUGCUAUUGUAGUACUGAUGAUGACGUCAAUAUAGAUAACUAUGAGAAUGUGGACGCAGACAUAUCACAUGGAAUAAGAACGGAAAUGAUGUCAAUAACUUACAUUCAAGAAGGCAGUCAAAAAGUAAAAAGAAUACAUAAAUACCCAGAGCCCUUUGAUUGUCUUGCUCUUUACCAGCAAGGCUAUACCGAGGACGGUGUUUAUGUGAUUAAACCAACCGGAAGUACUGCUACUGAUGUGUGGUGUGAUAUGACCAAUGGUGGAUGGACGGUUAUACAACGCCGGCAAGACGGAUCUGAAGAUUUCUACAGAAAUUGGGAGGAAUACAAACAAGGAUUUGGGAACAGGAGUGGCGAGUAUUGGCUUGGGCUUGAAACUAUUUAUCAUUUGACACGUAACGACAGUUCCCUGUACGUUUACAUGGAAACAUUUCCAAAUGACAAAAAGAAUCCAUUUUCUGCUUUUGCUGAGUAUACUACCUUCAACAUUACUGACGAGAGUGAUAAUUACCGAUUGGCGAUUGGGGGAUAUAACGGGUCGUGCGGUGAUUCCAUGUUGUAUCAUUACAAUUGUCAAUUUUCAACAAAAGACAAUGAUUAUGAUAGUUAUGGUGGCAAUUGUGCAGUGGCAUUCAGUGGAGGUUGGUGGUACAAAGAAUGUCAUAACGUUAAUCUUAAUGGAUUUUACCUAUACGGAGCAAACCCUGAAUUUGGUCGGGGUGUUAUUUGGUACGGCUGCUGGGGUCAUUAUUACUCUCUCAAGAAAUCUGUAAUGAAGAUCAGAAGAAACUAAUUAACAGUUUUAUCUAUUUUAUGAAAAUUCAACUCUUUUACUUACUUUAUUUGAAUAUUGUAUAUCUUAUUACACAUGAGCUGACAUCUAUCAUAAUAUGUUUGGCAAAAGAUCAACCUCGCUAUGGAUUCAAAUAAAACUUAACUCAUACAACUACGUGAACAGUGCUUUUGUAAUGUUUUAUUAUAUCUUAUAAUGUAAUUAAUUAUAAAAGAUUUGAAGACAAUAAUGAAAGACAGUAAAAUGGAAAAUACUAAAAAUAAAAACGUAAUAGUGCAAUGCAAAUGCUUAGGAUAUAAUGCACCGCGUUGAAUCCAAGCUUAUGUAUACAUGUCCUAAUAAGGUAAUUCAUAAUCGAAUACAUUUUCAUUUUAAACACCGUCCAAUGGCAGUCUUCCCGAGCAAGCCGGGUAGGUGCAUUUUGUACAAAGGGUUUGAAACGCAUUUAAAUCUUACCUCAGUGUAAAUUAAAUUAAAAAACAUUAUUAACCAUUGUGACAAAUUAUCAUUUCUAACGAAUUAGUUAAAAAUACCAUUAUG